AUGGCCGUACAGGUUAUCCCUCUACACUCAAAGGAUGACACAUGGAUGAAUAGAGGGAUUGCUCUCGAGUUCACCCUUCAGUUUGACUAUGUUUUGGAUCCAGAGCAUCUCCGUCGGUCCCUCCAACGCUUGUUGGAAAUAGGAGACUGGAAGAAGUUGGGAGCUCGUCUAAAACAGAGACAUGGCAAACUUGAAUAUCAUAUACCCGAGAAAUACGAUGCAAAAUGCCCUGGAUUCACUUUUUGUACCACGACGCAUGACGAAAGGCUGGACGACUUGCUUUCCUCAAAGCUUCCAUAUUGCACAAAUUCUGCGACUAUCUUCCCUUUCUCGGCUGCGAAUCUCGACUCCUUACUUUACAGAUCUGAUUCCCCCAAGAAACUCGAAGACUGGAUACAUACAGAUCGACCACAGCUAGAUAUUCACCUUGUAGUCACCUUAAAUGCCACCCUGGUGAAGCUAACAUGGCUGCAUACUUUCAUGGAUGCCUCGGGGCGGGCUAGUUUGCUCAGCGCGUGGGCAGCCGUUCUUCGAGGUCGUGAAGAUCAAGUCCCACCGUUCCUCGGGUUCUUGCAAGACCCCUUGGCGGACAUGAAUGCGCAGCCACUACUAGAGUGGUUCGUCCGGUCACAGUGGAUAUUGAUGCUUAUGCAAUGGCUCGGACCACUACUGCUCAUUAUAAGUUGGAUUUGGGAAAUGCUACCAUGCCCAAAACAUGAAGAUCGACUGGUCUGUAUUCCAGGAUCCAUCGUGACCGAGAUGCGAGAGGCGGCAAUACGGGAAUUGUCCGUGUCCGUGGGAGCUGUGGAUGUCUUCAUCAGCGAAAGCGAUGUUCUAUUGGCAUGGUGGGCUCAGUGCAUUGUACGUUCCAUGCAACCGUCAGGGCAAACCCAUGUCACGCUCCUGAACAACUUCAAUAUCCGGCCUACUUUUCCAGACCGGUUCCCACAGCAUAUGACCUACGUCGGAAAUGCAUGGCUGACUGCCCAUACAAUCCUUACCGCUGACCAGGUGCUCAAGCGGCCGGUAAGUUAUCUGGCUUCCAAGCUCCGGCGUUCUCUUGUAGCCCAGCGCUCCAAAGAGCAGGUCAAUGCGUACAUGGCUGUUCAGCAAGGGGGCAUGGAUAAAGUUGGGGUUACACUUGCCUCAGCGAUGGGCGUAUCAAACAUGUUGAUCCAUUGCUCGAACUGGCAUCAAGCUAGGUUUUUCGAGGUGGAUUUCUCCCCUGCAGUCGUUGGUCCAGUUGAGAAGACCCUAUCAGUGGGAAGACCGAGACUGAUCUUAACCAAAACUAUCUAUCGAUGGCCCAUGCUAAUAAAUAAUGGAUCGGUGAUAGGGAAGGACACAGAUGGGAACUGGUGGCUGACAUGGCAUUUGAAAGAGGGACUUUGGCGAGAAAUUGAGAGACAACUAGCGGUAGAUACAAUUUAA